AUGCGGAAGUAUGGCGUUUGCGCAAUGGUACCGAACAUUAAUCUAACAAUAGGGUGCAGAAAAGGCGACUUCUCUGUCAGGGCCAGCGCCUUGAAGAGGCUUUCGCAGAUUACGCUUGACGGCGGGGGGAACUUGGACCGGAUCACACGGUCGCUACCCGUGGCAUAUUCGGCAGACACGUCGAAGCUCUACACAAUCCCGCUCACGGUCAAUGAGCUGGAAAUAUUGCUCUCUGUGAGCGAGGCGGUGCCGCGGACGCAGGCGCAGGCCGCGCAGUUGUUGGAUCACGUGAUCGGCGUGUACUUCGUGGAGGCGCCGCGGCAGCGGUUCACGGACAAUUUGCUACACCGAUUCCGCAUUGCGCACCUCAGGCACCCAGUGGAGGUGGAGACCUUCCACUUGACGAACUUUUUGAUCACGCUGGACACGCGGUUCGGAGAGCUCGACGGGCGGGUGCGUGAGCUCCUACGCGGGUUUUUGGAGCGCGUUUUCACGCAGGUAGACUUGGUCGGGCUCCUCGCGCUCAUCGGGUUUCUCCGCGCGUUCAUCGACUACCGGCACGGGACGGCGAUCAGCGACUUGCAGGCUUACGUGCUGGAGUUGUUCCACAAGUAUAUGGACGCUACGUUCCUCGGUCGCGUUGAGCAGGUUGUCUCGGAGACCGUGGUGAACGAGACACUAGUGAACUACUUUGACAACGGCUGCGAGGUGUGUGCCUUUCUUUUCUGCAAGUUGGUGGGAGACCUCCAGCUUGCGACCGUUUCCAAUCUCCUCGACAUUCCCAGGGGCGAUAAGAAGAUCACCACGUUCCUCCUACGCAUGCAAGACCUUGAAUACCAAUACGAGAAUGCUAAGGACGGCGAGGAAAAUGACCUAGAUUGUUUGGACCGAUUCAAGACAGCUGUUCGCUCCAAUAAGCAGUUUUUAUUUAAGGUUCUAAAUUUUGCGCAUCAGCAGGUUAAUGAAUUAGAGGAAGGACUUAAGUUUGCCAAUUUAAAUACUCUCCAGCGCCUACAUUUGGCCUACGCAACUAAAGCGAGUGCCCUCGAGGUAUUAUCCCUUGGGAUCUUUGUCGAUCAGCAACGCUACCAGACCCCCUUGGUUUCAAUUCUCUCAACAGAACUUACAAAUAUAUAUACAAUGGGCCCCUCAACUCCUUCAGGCACGCUUGAGACCGUUAUUAGUUCGGCGUCUCUCAUGAACUUUUUCACCGAAGAACUCUCAACACAGUUACUUCGCAUAUUCCCCAAUAUCGUUUCUUCUCCUCAUAUCCCUACAGAAACUGUAACAACCAUUUCUAUGCUGUUCGCCAUAGGGCUAAAACCGCUUACUCAGGAUUCGGUUGUCAGCUCCGUUUAUUCGUUGAAUAACUUGUUGGCCGUGUCUGCCAACGGAUCCUCAAUGCCGAUACUAAAAGAAUGCCGCUAUACCGCAAACUACGAAACGCAAAUCGACAAACUCUUCAAUGCCAGGCCUUUGAGAUCCAACACGGCUGCACCCUACCAGCAGGUUGUAUCGGCAACAAAGGCUAAUGAGACGGCAAAUUCCAGUAGCAGUAAUGGUGAACAGAUUUCAGAUGAUACUUCUCUGACGCAGCAUGCUCAUUUUGAGGAAGGAGCAGCAUAUCAUGACGCAUUAUUCAAAAAUGCCGUAACGGCAGUCAUUACUAUUGCAGCAAAUUAUAAUGAUUCUACAAUUGCUGCAUUGGUAGUUACAAUUUUGACACAAAAGUUUAGAGUCGUUUCAGAACAAUUAGACAUGAUUAUUCUAGAAGGCCUUUCAGACUUAUGUUAUUUCGUUAAGGAUACUGAGUUCCAUCUAUUGAUGAAGUUUUAUAAUGGAGCAACUGCGGUCGCUAUGAAAGAGGGCAAUGAGUCCCUCUUACAGGGCGUCCAGAGUGCAAGAACAUCGAUAUCCAAAAAGCUCAAGACCAAAUUGGAUCACCCAAUGUACAUCACGUAUUUGCGGGAGUUAUUAGAAGUUAUUAUAGCCCGUGGAGAUGUCGAUAAAUUGGAACAUCAUCGUUCACAUUCUGAGAUAGCAAUAAUUGCCGAGCAGAUUGCGGUGUACUUAAAACCACUUGCCACAUUAUUACCAUCACAGGGUGAGAAACCAUUAAAUUUGAGGAAUGAUGAAAUCACAACAAGCUUAUACAGGAAUAUUUGGUACAACAUGGUAGUCCACGGUUUCCAUGCUGAGUCACGCCUAACAGAAAAAUACUACCAAGAACUACGGAUUAUUGCAUAUAACAGUCCCCCAUUGGCGUCUGAUUUUCCAGCUAAUAAUAGAGAAACUUCGGUGGAUAUGAAUACCAUCCUCCGUCGUGGUUCAUCAAAUCACAACGUGAAGGAACAAAAAAAUAGACUAAACAGCCAUUUGAAUAUGAAUACGGUAGCCGCUAGGUCUAUCUCCAUCCCAAAAAUAAUGUUCUUGGCAGCGACAUUAUUUCUGGAGACAUUGAGAUGUGAUUCUGGUGACUGUUCUACAUCUCUCUCCUAUUUCUUGAAUACUUCCAUUGUAUCUAGCAGCUUGGACAAAUUUGUGAAUUCCAUAAUUAUUUCCAUUGUCCACAAGUUUACCAAAUUAGUGAACAAAGGUGACACACGAGUCUUUUCCUCCGAGAGAAUUGCCAGCCAGUUGAGUAAUAUGAUUUUGUUAUUAUCGCAUCGAAACUCGCAUUUGCAGGACUGUGCCUUCCAAUGCUGCGAUAUUCUAAUAAAACGGGUACCAUCAAGUCUAUGCCAUCGGGACCCUCUAUUCAUGUUACUAGACUCUUUAACCAUGUUGUUUGAUAGUAUCGUCGACUGCGAAACUAAUAAGUACGAACCAUGUUACGAAUUUGAACUCAAACACUCGAAAACAAAAGUUAUGAUUUCUGAUUCACAGCAAUGGCGUAAAACAUCAUUACAAAGACUACAUAAAAGUGCAAGGGAAUGGGUGAGGAUCAUUUUGAAAAAGGCUAACCAGGACGUUAAAAUAUUAUUACAGUCAUACCUUUCCGACCUAGGCGGCUUUCAUAGACUCAGCAGCGUUGAGUUUGGGGUUUCUUUUGCCUUUGAGAUGGCAGGCUCUGUCUUAUCGAUUGAUAGGGAACUUUCAAAGCUAAACAACUGUGGUAUGGAAAAGCCUGACACUAUUUCCGGCUUCUUGGCGCAGCACUCUUGGAGAUCGAAGUUCUUGGUUGAGAAGGCAGCUCUGUCUUCUUGCGAAGCUUUAGAAUUAGAACGUGUUUCAUCUAAAACGGAGAUCGAAAAGAUGCUAGACGCGUCACAGCGAAUUCCUGAGCAACUGAUGGCUGAUUAUUUGGAUUUGUGUUCAACCUUGUUACUUUUGCAUUCAGGUGACGCAUCUAAACUCGUUUACGAUAUGGUUUCGAUUCCAUUUAGAGACUUUUCGUCAUAUUCCAUGAAGAUCGCGACCAACGUUUGGCUUUCGGUGAUCAAGGGCAGGAAGGACUUGUCGCAUUUCUUAGUGGCAGAGAUCGCAUCCGCGUUCAUUCGUUCCGUUGAUGAAAAACGUGGGCUAUAUUCCCACGAACACGACUUAGUCCCAGAAUCUUACCAACACAUGGAGUACAGUCCAUAUGAUAAGCAUCACAUAGAGCUUAUGGCCAACAAAGCUGCAAAUUCUAUUCAGCCCCACGUCCAUGUUGUGCGACUUUUCGCAUCUCAUUUUGAAGGAACCUUGUUCGAAAGUACGCAUUUGCUGAAGAUCUUCAUGCGGAUGGCGUACCAUGGUGUUACCAACCUCAAAUACGCAAGUUUCCAUCCAUAUGCUAGAACGGCACGUAAUGAGUUGUUGAACUUUGCGUUGAUGAUAUUGUCAUUCAUUAUAAAUCAGCAUACGUGGGACGCUAAAAUACUAUCUCAAGCGAUUAUUAAUGGAGCGUUGAUGUGGUUCAAAAAGCCACGGUCUUGGCCAUUCGGAUCUAACGAGUUAAAAAUACGGGCUGAUCUUUCACUUUUGAUGGAACUACAGAAUCAUAUUAAAGUUCUUGAUUCGGUUCUACACGGUUACAUGGGCGACAAAGUCACUCUUCUUGAGUGCUUUUUGAUCAGUGAGAUCCAUAUACUAGAGACUUGGUUAAAUCCGCUUCAUGAAGGGACCGAGCUACCGCAUCUUCCACAAGGUUUGAUCCAGGUUGCCUUUGACAUUGAUCCGGCAAUGGCGGUCUCUUUAGUAGGUCGGUAUCCGUACAAGAAACACAAGGAGACGUUGUCCAAUUUGGUUCACAAGAAUCCGCUUUCUUGUAUCCAUAUUCCCGAUGCCUUAUACAAUUUCCUCCAGAAAGGAGGUGCAAAUUCUCCUUACGUCCUAUAUUGGGCUCCUCUCGGCCCAAUACAAGUGAUCAAUCUCUUCCUGCCCGAAUGGAGCAAUUACAAGCUUUUGCUGCAGUACAAUGUUCGCGCACUAGAGUCGCACGACGUCAAUCUAACCUUUUUCUACGUGCCGCAGCUUGUGCAGUGCCUAAGAUAUGACAAACUUGGUUACGUACAGCGCUUCAUCCUUGACACGGCUAAACAGAGUGUAUUGUUCUCCCACCAGAUCAUCUGGAAUAUGUUAGCCAAUAGCUACAAGGACGAUGAAGCCACCAUCGAGGAUGAUCUAAAGCCCACCCUGGACUUUAUACGCGAAAAAAUGAUCGCCGACUUCAGCGCAGCCCAUCGCGACUAUUACCAGCGGGAGUUCGGCUUCUUCAACGAGGUAACGAGCAUCUCAGGAAAGCUCAAGCCCUUCAUCAAGAAGACAAAGGCAGAAAAGAAGAACAAGAUCGACGAGGAAAUGGCAAAAAUCGCCAUUCAGCCGGACGUGUAUCUCCCCAGCAACCCCGACGGGGUGGUCAUCGACAUCGACCGUAAGAGCGGCAAGCCUUUGCAGUCUCAUGCCAAGGCGCCGUUCAUGGCAACGUUCAAGAUCCGCAAGACGGUCAGCGACGAGGAAACUGGCGCCGUCAGCUACAUCGAGAAGUGGCAGGGUGCCAUCUUUAAGGUCGGCGACGACUGUCGCCAGGACGUCUUGGCCCUACAGUUGAUCUCCGUGUUCCGCACCAUCUGGGCCUCCAUCGGCAUGGACGUCUAUGUCUUUCCCUACCGCGUCACUGCGACCGCCCCCGGCUGCGGUGUCAUCGACGUCUUGCCCAACUCCAUUUCCCGCGACAUGCUCGGCCGUGAGGCCGUCAACGGUCUCUACGAGUACUUCACCACCAAGUUUGGCCCCGAGAACUCCAUCGAGUUCGAACACGCCCGCAACAACUUCGUCAAGUCUCUCGCCGCCUACUCCGUCAUCUCCUACUUGCUCCAGUUCAAGGACCGCCACAACGGCAACAUCAUGUACGACGAGCACGGCCACUGUCUCCACAUCGACUUCGGCUUCAUCUUCGACAUCGUGCCCGGCGGCGUCAAGUUCGAGGCCGUGCCCUUCAAGUUGACCAAGGAGAUGGUCCGUGUCAUGGGCGGCAGCCCGGACACCCAGGCCUACCAGCGCUUUCAGGAGCUCUGCACCAAGGCCUACCUUGCGGCCCGCCCCCACAUGGACACCAUCGUGCAGUGCGUUCUCCCCAUGCUUGGCAGCGGCCUCCCCUGUUUCAAAGCUGACAAGACCAUCCGCCACUUGGAAGCCCGCUUCCAGCCCGCGAAGUCCGACCACGAUGCAGCCCAUUUCAUGCGUGGCUUGAUCCGCCGUUCGUACGAAAGUGUCUUCACGAAGGGCUACGAUGAGUUCCAACGACUCACCAACGGCAUCCCCUAUUAG